AUGGCUAUUGGAAUCAGAUGUAAAUAUGGUGUUGUCUUUGGAGUAAAGAAAUUAUUCCUUUCUAAACUUUAUGAAGACAGUUCCAACAAAAGACUUUUUAACGUUGAACCGCAUGUGGGGAUGGCUGUAGCAGGCUUAUUGGCAGAUGCUCGUUCUUUGGCAGACAUAGCAAAAGAAGAAGCUUCCAACUUUAGGUCAAACUUUGUUUAUAACAGCUCAUUAAAAUAUCUAGCAGACAGAGUGGCCAUGUAUGUACAUGCAUAUAUCCUCUACAGAGCUGUUAGACCUUUUGGUUGCAGUUUCACGUUAGGGUCUUACAGUGUGAACAAUGGUGCACAAUUCUACAUGAUAGACCCAUCAGGCAUUUUGUGUGGUUAUUGGGGCUGUGCUAUUGGUAAAGCCAGGCAGGCUGCAAAGACGGAAAUUGAAAAGCUUCAGAUGAAAGAAAUGACCUGCCGAGAUGUUGCAAAAAUACUUUACAUAGUGCAUGAUGAAGUUAAAGAUAAAGCUUUUGAACCAGAGCUCAGCUGGGUUGGUGAAUUGACAAAAGGGAGACAUGAUAUUGUACCAAAAGAUAUAAGGGAAGAAGCAGAGAAAUAUGCGAAGGAAUCUUUGGAGGAAGAAGAUGAAUCAGUUGAUAAUAACAUGUAA